AAAACAAUAAAAAAAAAACAUUUAGGACAGAACCAAAAGAACCCUAAUAAAGAGAGUGAGGCAGAGAGCAAGAAGAUAAGACAGCAAAGCAGGGAGAAAAUGGGGAUAAAGGAUCUUCUCAGAUUCAUGAAACCUUACAUUCUUCCCAUUCACAUCCACAAAUACGCCGGAACACGAGUAGGAAUCGAUGCGUAUUCAUGGCUACACAAAGGAGCAUACUCAUGCAGUAUGGAGCUGUGUUUAGACACUGAUGGGAAGAAGAAGCUGAGAUACAUUGAUUACUUCAUGCACAGAAUCAGUCUUCUUCAACACUAUGAGAUAACUCCAGUCGUUGUUCUCGAUGGUGGUCAUAUGCCCUGCAAGGCUGCCACUGGUGACGAGCGCCAAAGGAAGCGAAAGGCAAACUUUGAUAUUGCAAUGGUGAAGCUAAAAGAAGGGAACGUUGGAGCAGCUGUUGAGUACUUCCAGAGAGCAGUUAGUGUAACAUCAUCCAUGGCUCAUCAACUGAUUCAGGUUCUUAAAUCAGAAAACGUGGAAUUUAUCGUAGCUCCGUAUGAGGCUGAUGCUCAGCUAGCAUAUCUAUCCAGCCUCGAACUGGAACAAGGCGGGAUUGCUGCUGUUAUAACUGAAGACAGUGACUUACUUGCCUAUGGCUGCAAAGCUGUUAUCUUUAAGAUGGACCGGUAUGGUAAAGGAGAGGAACUGAUUCUAGAUAAUGUCUUUCAAGCCGUUGAUCAAAAGCCUUCUUUCCAGAAUUUUGAUCAAGAACAAUUCACAGCAAUGUGCGUGCUAGCUGGAUGUGAUUUUCUGCCCUCUGUUCCUGGUGUUGGCAUCUCUAGAGCUCAUGCAUUCAUCUCCAAGUACCAGAGUGUUGAACGUGUUUUGUCAGUUCUCAAGACGAAAAAGGGUAAACUAGUUCCUGAUGAUUACUCCAGCUCUUUGAUGGAAGCUAUUUCAGUUUUUCAGUAUGCUCGUGUAUAUGACUUUCAUGGUAAGAAGCUCAAGCACUUGAAACCACUCUCGCAGAACCUCAUGAACUUACCAGUUGAACAACUUGAGUUCCUGGGACCAGAUCUCUCACCAUCUAUCGCUGCUGCAAUUGCUGAGGGUAAGGUUGAUCCCAUAACCAUGGAGGCUUUUAACCGUUUCUCAGUUUCCGAGAGACAUAUGAAGAAGCCUGUUAGAUCAUUCAAGGAACAGGAAAAGAGUAGCUCCUUUAUGUUAUUGCCUUUGUCUGAAAGUGAAGAAAGAAUAAAUCUCAAAAGAAGUGCUGAUGAAGCUAAGAUCAGUCCAGAGACUGUUAUGGAGGAGCCAAAGUACUCAAAACAAGAUUUAGAUCUACACAAACUGGUGUUGCAGCCUAAGAAGGAUCAUAUGAUUAUCCAAAAAAACAGUCCCUCAUUGGCUCCGGAUAACAACCCAUUCAAGAUCAGAAAAACCGAUGAAAUCACUAUGGAAGAGUAUGGUUUGCAAGAACUCAAGGUUUCUUUUGAGACCAACGGUGAAGCAAUGGAUGUUACUCCUUCACCAGACUCUAACGAACCCGAUUGCUCAGAGAUUCAAAAGGAGGUUACAAUAGAUUUGUCAAAGCUUGAUAAUUCUGUAAUCAAACAAGACUCUGAGAAGAACAUGCAGAAGGAAAGAUCUGUGGAUUCAGAAGAUAUAGUUGAAGCUCAAGGUCAUGUGAACAUGACUACAAAGAGAGUGCGUGGAGCCAAACCUAGAGUUGAGAGUUUCAAAGUGAAAACAAGCUUUAAAAGCUCACAGGAGAAGAACGCUAAGAUCAACAAGAAAAGUAGUAUACUAGAUUUCUUUCAUCCAUUGUAAUCAAUUUUGUUUGCCACCUCUUUGCUUCUUUGUAACCUUUUAAAAUAUAUAUGAAUUUUUUUAAGUUAAU